AUUCGUUAUUUGAUGCAGGUGUUAUUUUGAUAUAUCAAAACAAUUACACUGGAUAUAACCAACCGAGAAGCUAUAGUACACGUGACAAGUUCAAAGAUCAUGAAGUCUAAAGUCAUGGAGUUUAUUAUUGGAGCCCUCUUGCUUCUGAACGCGGCAUUCGUAGUUUCUGAAUUCGCAGCUUCCGGAUUUAACGUCAGACCAGAGACGCCGGCGCCCAACUUUCUGCCGAGUCCCUUGAAUGUCACAUUCCGGCGCGGAGAGUUGGCGGUACUGAGAUGCAGCGUGUACAACCUCGGAACAAAAACGGUGGUCUGGAGGAGACAAGAACAUUCUUUCCCAUUGACAUCCGGCACGAUGACCGUUGUUGCAGACGACCGGAUACAGAUCGGUCAUGUAGACUUCAAGAAUCAAUGGGAUCUAAUGAUUAAAAAUGUUCAACCGGAAGACGAGGGCGUGUAUGAGUGCCAGGUGGCAUCAACCAAUAAGAAUAUGCGCAAAAUGGUCUCUCUCACAGUGAUUGAUUCAAGAGCAGAGGCUCCGGAGAUUUCUAUCAGCGAAGAACAGUACGUUGAACGUGGCGAACCAGUCACUUUACACUGCAACGCCACGGGACAGCACUAUACCCCGGAUGAGAUAGACUGGUUCCGAAACGGCGAAAAAGUCACGUCGGAGAAACAUAGUGGCAUUAAAUUGUUUAAACAACUAUCAAUUGCUCAAAAAACGUUUACUAGCAUUUUGAGCAUAGAUAAAGCGACGAUGGAAGACAACGGAGUGUAUGUUUGUAGGUCGUCCAAUAUGCGAAUUGCUAAUACGAAAGUCCACGUUUUGAACGCGGAGACGUCAAAUAAAAAGCGAGGCACAUACCAUGACGGGUAUUCUGACGAACACAUGUCAAGUGGUUAUAUGAAGUCGUCUGCGUCGAAUAUUUAUGAGGUUACAUUCGCGAAUAUUUUCCUGUGUAUUUUGCUUGUGUUCAAAUAUUGAAAGAAAACGGCAUUAGCAUGAAAUAAUCCCAUGAAAAGACUUAUUUGAACUGAAAUCUGAAAGGGGAAUACAGCGUCAACACGGUAUUAAUCAGGAUUGUCAAGUGAUAUAUAUUAAUUCGGACCUGUCAUUGAGGUCUUGAAGAACAACAGCGGAAUAACAAACUAGUAAAACGUUAUUGCUAUCGCGUUCUUUACGGCACAUAUAUUACAAGAUUUAAUACAACUCGAUUCCAAUCACACGUUCGCAAAUCUGCGACUUUGAACGAAGGUGAUCAAGCUAUUUUGGUUUCAAAAUAUAUACUAAGAGAAGUAUGUGGGUGAAGACCCGUCUGCAUAUAUCAGUGAUAUACAGAGUAAAGCGUGUGUGUCAGUCAUUACACUUGAAAUUUGCGCCAGAUAAUUGUGUAAACAAUAAAUUGUGUUAUAUAUUUAUUCCUGCUAGACAAUUAUUCGUCCGGCAUAGAUUCGAGUUAAAAAGCUGUUUACAUCUUCGAUGUUAAUAACAUCGGCUAUACGUGUAUUUUUUAUUUACAUGUGAAUAUAAUCUUAAAAUGUUAAUUGCAACAUUUGCAUGUGUUGGCAUUUGUCUUUAAAUCCUUUCUUAUGACAUUUUCUCCCUGCCUUUGAUUGGAAAUGAGCAUAUGUAAGUGGCUUUUCAAUCAAAGGAAGGGAUCAAAUGUUUGUUCUAAUCUUAAACAAUGUUUCGUUCAUAUCAAUGCGGUCAUUUUACCAACACCCGCUCUUCUGAUUACCAUUACUAAGUGAACAUAAUUAUGUGAGCAUAUAUUUUAGUUUCAUUGUUUUUCUAUCAACAUCGUUAUAAUGUAUUUUUAUAAAGACACCGCUUUUGCACUUUAAUAAAAAUCAAUGUUAUUUAAAGAUGAAGACAUAAUUGACCUUUCGACAGCGAGAGUGAAGCCACGCCCCCCGAUUUCAGGGGAGGUCACUCCGCCGAAGUCCGUCAUAAAACUGGCUACGCGAAUCGGUAAUCGGUACGUUGGAAGAUAUUCCCGAUGAUUUCGGUUCAAAUUACAUGAAAUUUUUCUAUUGCUAUCAUGUUUUAUUUUAAAUGUGUAAAAUGUAAUGUAUCAAAUGGGUGUUUAGCUCCCCUCAAAUAUAUAGUACCAGAAAGGCCGUUUACCACAAAGGGU